GGACCGACGCCGUUUAUCACAUGCAUCCGGGCCGCCCCGGAAACGUUAAAUAUAUAAAUGAAUAUGUUAAAGGUAUUAAAACACGAACAGCUUUGUUUUUUACUCGUCAUUUAGUUGUUAGACUAAGAAAACGUGUAAUUUUGUAGGUGUUUUAAAAAAAUGUGUUUGAUCGAGAGACAUAGCAAUGGAAUCCGGAAGGAACUAAUUAAAAACAGAAAAAUCAAGAUGGAAACAAUUUGCAACUGGAACAUCGGUAAGAUUGUAGAUUAAUAAAAAUUCAACCUAUUGUGAAUUAAUACAAUUAAACACGAGUAUUAAGUGCACUUCAUACCGUAUAAUGAAGUGCACCUUGCAUUAUAUAACUAACUCGUGUGAAUGUUGUUUGGGGUUUUUGAUAACGAUACAUAUACAGAAAACUCGUAAUGCAUUACAUCCAUAAUAUAACAAUCUAGUAUUUCACAACAUUAUCCCAUUUUUUCCGAUCGGACCCCGAUAGGAACUAAUUCCCCAAUAAAGCUCAGUCCUUCAUAAACUCAGGUGAUUGAACUGGGCAGAUUACAAUAUGAUCCCACAAAAAACAAAAACAAAUAAAAAGUCUUGAAGGUUCCCACGCAUAGAAAAAAGAAAGAAUUGGGUUAGGCACGUGUUUAUCCCUUUUUUUUAAUCAAUUUCACAAAUCAAUGAAAUACCUUCGAUAAUGCACUCACAAUAACCGAUCGUAAUAGAUACGAUCCAAUGCUACAACCAUUCAUUCUAGAAGCUUGUUAUGUUUACUUUCAGCUGACCGGUGUCCAUGCCGAUAAAAUGAUACCUGGGACUACAUUUCUCUGAUACCGGAAAAUCUGAUUUACAACUGAUAGGAUGGUGUAGAUUAGCGUACGACACGAGAAACAUUAGGCACUUUCUAGAAGGAUUUUUUCCCACCGGCCAGAUACCGAAAAGCAAUCCGAAAUCGAUUGCACCGGUCCAAACUGAUGGUGCUGCUGGUUCCGGUGAGUUCCUUAUCGAAUUGUUGAGUGCAGAUUUACGAUAGACACGCUUUAUCAAGAUCGAGUAACGGUCUACUACUAGCUUCUACUGGUCGGUUCUGUUUAUGGCUCCGUUAGAUAACAACAAACGUCGUGUGGGUUCGUAUAAAAGUCUUCGGCCGGGCAGUCUUUAACCACAAACUAGUUAGUGUCUUCACUCGCAACACACAACAACAAUUCACAACAUGAAUACCCUUCAAUUGCUAGCAGUAGCCUUCGUGCUUGGCCUUGUUCAGCUUGCCAGCGGGCAGAUUGUCUCCACCGGACAAUGCCAGGACCAUCCGGUGCACGUGAACUUUGAUGUCGCCCGUUACCUGGGCUUGUGGUACGAGAUCCGUCGUUACGAGCAGGUGUUCCAGUUUGGUGGCGAAUGCGUUACGGCCGAGUACUCGCUGAACGAGGAUGGUAGUGUACUUGUCUUCAACUCGAUGCUGGUGCCUCCGUCUCAGGUUCGAUCGGCCGACACUGGCCGUGCUGUGAUUGCCUUCCCGGAUGAGUCCCCGCUGGAGGCUAAGCUUAACGUUACUUUCGAUGCCGCUGCCGUUGAUGUUUCGGCCAACUACUGGGUGCUCGCUACUGACUACGACAACUAUGCCGUCGUUUGGGGUUGUUUCGGAGUGGGCACCACUCUGCGUGCUGAGAGUGCCUGGAUACUGUCUCGUACGCCCCAACUGUCCGCUGAGGCUGCGGCUGCGGUGCAGCAGAACGUCGAUUUGUUCCUGAACGAAUCUGAUCUUCGCCCAACCAUUCAGGAUGCAGCGUUCUGCUGCUCGAUCGAUCCUGAAAUUACCUCAUACCCACCGUGUCAGUAAUGGUGCUACAUGUUAAGGAGAAUUUUUAUUCCAUGAAUAAGAAUCCCAAACAGACAAUAAUGUUUAGCCAUAAGGAUGAAAUAAAAACACAACUUAAAUUUGAAAUUUUGUACUAUUUUUUAUAAAAGAGUGCUACAAUGAGAGAAAUGUUAACAUAGAUCCUACCCAUGUCCAUAGAUACAUAGACCCAUGUCCAUAUAUUCAACUUAAGUUGGGAUUUUCUUCUGAGCUCUGCACUAUCGGAUGGUCCCUUAGUGCAACGAUAAGUGAAGUCUAGGUUAUUAGAAGCUCAUCGAAAUCGCUCAGUUCUCCUCCUCAUGUUGACUAGAGGAUGAAGAAUUUACUUACCCUAUUAAAGCAUUUGAUAACUCCACUCAAGACAAAGACGCUCCAGGAACUGUGAUUAGACUGGUCGACUGGCACAACAUUCGUAUAAAUACAAAACACCUCUACGCGGUUCUCAUGCUAUUUGCAAGAUUGGAACACUUAUGCGAAAGAACACGAGAUGAUAAGAGCGAUCGAUUGCUUGUUUGCACACAAUAUUAAUGGAGUGAUCGUAUUAAUCACACACACACACACAAAACCAAAACUUCCGAAUAAUGUGGCUGUCUACCUGCUUCACACUGUUUACGAUCUAUGUUUGAGGUUAGAUGAGUUACGUUCGUUUGUGUACAAACGAUCCUGGGUUGAACACCUGUCUACUUCAUUCUAGACGCUUCACAAGAUCACGCUCAAGCGGCAUCAAACACCAAGUGCAAUCUUCUUCAACGACUACCUUUGUCUUGCUUCGCCACAAGUCGAGGUGAGGUGUGAUGAGGUUAUCGCGCUUGAUUCAUUCUCCCGAAUCUGGUGGG